GUGUCAAAUCAACAGAGCUACAACUGCGUCCACAGGGUUAUGGCACCGAGUACAAGCUAGCUAAAUAAAAAAACCCAAAUCCAGUCCUCGGAAUGACUCCGACGGUGAAGAAGUCAUCUUCUCAGAACGGCUUCAGAGAAGAUGAUACAGCCUGUCAGAAUGGCUUGGAGACUGAGGAAGAACCUCUGCUCCGAGAGAACCCCAGGCGGUUUGUCAUUUUCCCCAUCCAGUACCGAGACAUCUGGAAGAUGUACAAACAGGCCCAGGCUUCUUUCUGGACCGUGGAGGAGGUCGAUCUAUCCAAAGACUUGGCACACUGGGACCGCUUGAAGGCGGAGGAAAAACACUUCAUCUCCCACAUCUUAGCCUUCUUUGCUGCCAGCGACGGUAUCGUCAAUGAGAACCUGGUGCAGAGGUUCAGCCAGGAGGUGCAGGUCCCUGAAGCGCGAUCCUUCUACAGCUUUCAGAUCCUCAUAGAGACUGUCCACUCAGAGAUGUACAGUAUGCUCAUCAACACUUACAUUAGGGACCUGAAGGAGAGGGACUAUUUGUUUAAUGCCAUUCAGACCAUGCCUUGUGUGAAACGGAAGGCAGACUGGGCCCUCCAGUGGAUAAACGACAGUAAAUCAACAUUUGGAGAGCGGAUUGUGGCUUUUGCAGCUGUGGAAGGCAUCUUCUUUUCUGGUUCAUUUGCUGCUAUCUACUGGCUGAAGAAGAGGGGGCUAAUGCCUGGCCUUACCUACUCCAACGAGCUCAUUAGCAGGGACGAGGGUCUGCAUUGUAACUUUGCCUGCCUGCUGUACAGCUACCUGGUGAAAAAGCCAUCAGAGGACAGAGUCAGAGACAUCAUCACCAAAGCUGUUAGCAUCGAACAGGAGUUUCUCACAGAGGCCCUGCCAGUAGAUCUCAUAGGAAUCAAUAGCUGCCUCAUGAAGCAGUACAUCGAGUUUGUGGCUGACCGGCUUCUCACUGAUCUCGGACUGACCAAGGUUUACCAAGCUGAAAAUCCAUUUGACUUCAUGGAGUCUAUCUCACUUGAGGGGAAAACCAACUUCUUUGAGAAACGCGUGGCGGAGUAUCAAAGAUUCGGAGUCAUGUCGAGCAUGAUGGACGGUGAAUUCACACUAGACGCAGACUUCUAAAAACUGACAUGGCAUGUUACUGUAAAUUUGUUACAUUUGGUCAACCUAUUUAUUUAUUUCCAUACAGUUAUUAUACAACAGAGGUUUUCAGGUCUUACUGUAAUACUGAUACAGUGCUACGAAGUGAAGGCUGUACUCUUUUUUUGUUGUUAUUGUUUUUUUGGAUGUUUUUUUUGUUUUGUAUUAGAGAUGGAGAAUUAUUUAGCAACCAGUACAGUUUAUAAGUAGAAUGGGUGAGCAUCAACAUUUUGCCAUCAUGACAAAAUAAUGAGGGAGGUGACAUAAAUGAGUAUUUCUUUCCUCACUGAGCAUUUUGGAUAAUAAAAACACAGAAUAUAUUUUUACUUUUCUGCUUCGUGUUGCUUGUUUCUAUGGCAGAUUGCUUUAAUAUUUUCUAACUUUUAGAAUACAAUAAAAAAUGUUUUGCCAAAUAUGUGUAGGUGUUGUAAAUGAAUGCAAGAGGUAAAUGUUUGUACAGCUGAGAACCAACAACAGCCUUAUUCUCAAAUGUAGGUGACAGGUAAUAAAUGCGAUGUGGGUCAUUUUACGAUUGGUGGACAAUGUGGGCUUCAAAAAUUGUAAAUAGUCAAAAAAGGACUCUUUAUUUUUGAAAUUUCUUUUAUGCACGUAAGAAAAACAAAUAAUAAACCAUCCAAAAAAAUUCUUUCAGCUCAGGCAUCAAAGCUACACUUUUUAUGCAAUACUUUGGUUGCUGUAUGCUGUGACAUGGAAAAGUGGACUUUAUAAAUAUUGUUUUAGAAAUUAUUAACCUUUAAAUUAAAGAUAAUCACCCUCAUACUAAAUAUUCAUACAGUUUUAUUAAUUUAAACAACUUUCAGAACCUACCCUUUUUUGUGAUUUUAGUAUUUAUUUUUGAGUGUUUGUUGAAUACACUUUUUUGUACACUUUUCAGAAAAUAAUUGAAACUAUGUUACAAAGGCAAUAGAUUAAUCCCUUGUGAGCUAAGAAAAACAUUUAUGGUUAUUUUAUUCAAAUUAUAAAGCACCAGGGUUAAUAUUAGAGUAACAGUGUUGCACAAGAUAACAUGGCUGAAUGGAUUUUUUAAUUCACAGAUUAUGACAUAAAUCUAACAAAACAAAAAAAAUACUCAGGACCACGGAUAUAUUGUUUAAUAAUAUUCGGUAUGUUGUUAACAUGUUUGUACAGUAAUGUUUUAUAUGUGCAGUCACGGGAUUUCGAGCAGCUGGGUUGCAAAUCAGUGCUAAUAUUAGUGUUCUCUCAGAAAUAAAACGUGAGCUGUGUAAUGUAAUAAAGCAUGAAAGUGAAGGGUAAAUGCAAUUAAAUAAAAUAAAAGAAAGAAAUUUCAAAAAA